AUGGACAAGACGGAGCAGCGAUACGAUACGGCCCAUAUCAUACGGCGGCGCAUUACUGCCGCGCCCGCACCCUCAUCUUCGCGGCGUCGCCUGACAAAGAAGCCCCCAAGCUCGCACCAGCAGCACCAGCACCGCAGUUCUAACAGUAUCGAUGCCAGCGCCAGCGUCGCGGGUUCCAGGUUCGACACCCUGUCCAUCCAGAGCAAACGCAGCUCCACGAGCCUUAGGCGGGCGCCAAGUGCUCCACCUGCAAGGACUACUCCCAACUCCAACAACGCGUCAAACAGUUCCUCUCCACGACACCCUCCUGUCUCCUCCUCGUCUACCAACCCAAGCUCAUCUGCUCGCUCUCUGAACCCCUCCCCUAUCCUUCCCUCGGGCGAGUUCUCGACCGGCCUCUCCUUCUCCCACCAGCACCAGCAACAACCCCCGUCAGCGUCAGAAGAAUUCAUCGGCGCGCCCUUUGACGGAUCUGCCAUCAUCAAUCGCAUCGACGCCAUCAAGGCUCCCACCUCCCCCCAGCGACCGUCCAUUCCCCGUCCUGCCCAUACCACCCCUGAUACCCGACUCGCUGGCCUGUCCAUCGACCACAACGCCAGCUUCUCGGCUGCCGCUGACACCAUGGCCGCCGCCGAGAAGUCGCAGGGCUCCAAGAUGCCCGACGGUCAAUUGCCGCCGUCGAAGCGCUUCUCUGACGAGUCCAAGGAACCCAAGAUGUCCUCCGUCCUGCGCAAGAAGACGGGCUUCUCCGGCUUCAUGACCAGUCUAGUCGGCUCGCCCAAGAAGCCGCUCAUCUCAGCACCCGAAAACCCUGUGCACGUCACCCACGUUGGCUAUGAUAGUUCCACCGGCCAAUUCACGGGACUGCCCAAGGAAUGGCAACGGCUGAUCAACGAGAGCGGCAUUCCCGAGAAGGACAGACAGGCAAAUCCCCAGAUGCUCGUCGACGUUCUCACCUUCUACAAGGAGACAACAGAGAGGCCUCACGAGGACCAGAACCUGGAGAAAUUUCAUGAUGCCAGAGCAACCGAGAUGCGCCAGGUCGGCUCUGCACCUGGCUCGGCCACGAUGCCCUCGUCUGGACAGUUCUCAUCAAGUUAUACGGGUAUGUCACCUAUGAUAAGCCCGCCUGCAAGCCCGCGGUUUCCUCAGAAUGUUGAAGGCAGUUUCGAAAACCCCCGGUCCCCCCCUCCGGUCCCGAAAGGUAUUGGCUCUCAUCCUACCAAGGAUAUCAACCUGAUGCCCAGCCGCCCGGCUCCCAAGCCUCCGGUCAGUAUGUCGAAUCGAUCCAACGCUCAGCCUCCCUACACGACCAAAGACUCGGGCAUCGGUAUGCCCCCCACCGGCGAAGAGGGUUCCUACAUUCCCGCGAAGGAUGCGCCGACCAUGCUACCCGAAGAGCACCGAUCGAGAUCGCGAUCGAAUUCCCGCGUCAACGGCACCGCUCCAUACAACCCGGUGCAGCCCAGCCCGGCUGCCUACCAGCAGCAGCUGAUGCAGCAGCAGCAAGAACAGGCUUUGGCGCAGGCACAGGUGGCCAUGACUGGCCAGAUUGGUCGUGCUCCGAGUAAGAGACAGCCGGCCCAGCAGCCCACACCGCCUCAGUCCCAGCACCAGUUUGCCCGGGUGCCCGAGCAGCAGCAGCAGCAGCAGCAGCAGAACGGUGCUCAGCGGCCUCAGCAGCCACAGCCGGGCGCUGUGCCGGGCGCGAGACCUCGAAACCGGCAGAGACAGAGCAACGGGAUUGACGUGAUUGCGUCUCUCAAGCGUAUCUGCUCGGAAGGUGACCCGCGCGAGAUCUAUCGUGGUUUCACCAAGAUCGGCCAGGGUGCGUCCGGCGGAGUGUAUACUGGACACGAGCGGGGCAGCAACAGGCUGGUCGCCAUCAAGCAGAUGAACCUGGAGCAGCAACCCAAGAAGGACCUUAUCAUCAAUGAGAUCCUGGUCAUGAAAGAGAGCUCGCACCCCAACAUUGUUAACUUCAUCGACAGUUUCCUUUGUUCAGGUGAGCUGUGGGUAGUGAUGGAGUACAUGGAGGGAGGCAGUCUCACAGAUGUCGUGACUUUUAAUAUCAUGACCGAGGGCCAGAUUGCAUCUGUCUGCAGGGAGACUCUGAAGGGAUUGCAGCACCUGCACUCAAAGGGCGUGAUCCACAGAGACAUCAAGUCCGACAACAUAUUGCUCUCUAUGGAAGGAAAUAUCAAGCUGACUGAUUUUGGUUUCUGUGCGACAAUCAAUGAGGCCCACAACAAGCGUACAACCAUGGUGGGCACGCCAUACUGGAUGGCUCCUGAGGUCGUCACUAGGAAGGAGUAUGGCAGGAAGGUGGACAUCUGGUCCCUGGGUAUCAUGGCCAUCGAGAUGAUCGAGGGAGAGCCACCAUAUCUGACUGAAUCGCCCCUCCGUGCCCUUUGGCUGAUCGCCACCAACGGAACGCCGACGAUCAAGGACGAGAACAGCCUCUCCGCUGUCUUCCGAGACUUUCUGUACUUUGCCCUCAAAGUCGACCCAGAGAAGCGUGCCAGUGCCCACGAUCUGCUUCGACAUGAGUUCAUGAAACAGUGCGUUGAUCUGGCCCAGCUCUCGCCCUUGGUGCGUGCAGCCCGCGAGGCCAGAGCACAAGAGAAGGCACGGAAAGGUGGUCAGUAAUGAUGAAAACACCAGUCGGUUCGGUCAUUCUUUUUGUUUUCCACAUAUAAGAGGAGGACGGCCUGCCUCUGUACAACACCGGCUGGCAUGUAGCCUGCCUUUUUCUAGGUCUCAUACACUGGCUCGCCUGCACAUAUCGACGACCAGCAUUCCGGCAUAUUUAUGUUUCUUCGGCCUAUUCCUCGAACUAAGGUACAUUGCCGCCGCGGAGUAGUCGCAAGAACGAUUGAAAAUCAGCCUGUCCAUUCACCUGUGGGCCAUGACCACCAGGCACUUAGGGCAAAGUUUCCAGAGACCGACUCAUGCCUCUAUUGCCGAGGACUGCCCGCCCAAAGUUAGGUGGGGCGGGUACGAUAUGCGGACCAAAAGUCUCCUGAUGGUGGCAAGGCUGACCUGCAGCGCUGGCUGGCUUGGCCUGUUUGAUCUGGCACAGGAUUGGUCUGGGUGGUCAUGCAGCUCUGCGCCGCCUUGGGAUUCUAUUUCUUGAUUUCUUUUUCGUUGGAGAUACGAUGGUCUCGCCCAUGGCACCGACCAUCACGCAUGUGAAUGAUGACUUGACGGAUCAUGACUGUACCUAUAUCCUCGCCAUGGUGCCGGUCUGCAAAGAGACCGGUGAUACGAAGUUCGAGUAUCAGAAUCCUUCGUCAUCUCCG